AUGGAGCCUCCUCCAACCAAACUGACACCGGGCAAGGGUGUUCAGUCGAAAUCGAACAAGGGGCCUCCAUCACCGACCUUGGCCAAUGUUGCGCGCCACUUCGCUGUGGACAGCGGCUCAACGUUGCUCGCCACGGCGGUAAUCACAGUCUUGAUUUUCGGCGGAUGCUGCUCCAACUUUGUGUCCGCAGGUACAACCGAUUCCAACCUUGCACUUAUCCGCAUAGGAACCCUCGUAACUUUCGUUCAAUUUCUAUUCGUCUCCAUCACAGGCUACAUAGCGCAAUUCGAUAGAUCACGCCCGCCGUUCUUCCUGACUCCCAACGUCGUCCCGCUUAGCCGCUGGCUUGUCAAUAUCCUCUUGUUCUUUACCAUCAACGUGUUGAACAACCAUGCCUUCAGCUACGACAUAUCCGUACCAGUUCACAUCAUCCUACGAUCCGGGGGUAGCAUAACAACCAUGGCUGCCGGAUAUCUUUACGGCAAGACGUAUUCACGCCCCCAAAUAUUUGCAGUGUUUCUGCUGAGUAUUGGCGUCAGCCUAGCUGCUUGGUCGGAUUCAAAAGACAAAAAACCGAGUGACGAUAUUUCUGACCCUGUAUUCAAUCCUGGGCUCUUAAUCAUCUUUGUCGCCCAAGUACUCUCGGCUAUCAUGGGGCUGUAUACCGAAGCAACGUAUCGAAAGUACGGGCCACAGUGGAAAGAGAAUCUCUUCUAUUCCCACAUCUUGUCACUGCCGUUGUUUUUGCCCUUUGCGCCCUCCAUGUGGCGCAACUUACUCGUGCUAACCAAGAGCACUCCUGUUGCACUAAACAUACCAUUCGCUGCAUCGCUGCAGCCUGUACGAGUUCCGUCCCAACUGGCCUAUCUUUCGGCCAACGUGUUGACCCAGUAUGCCUGUAUUCGUGGCGUGAAUCUCCUUGCCGCAAGCGCAUCGGCACUCACCGUUACGAUAAUACUUAGCAUUCGAAAGCUCAUGAGUCUCCUGCUAAGCAUCUGGCUAUUUGGCAACACUCUCAAAGCUGGCACCCUCCUCAGCGCGGUAGUCGUGUUUGGAGCCGCCGGCCUCUACAGCGUUGCCCCGAAACCAGCCCCGGCCAAGGAAAAGAAGAAGGAAGUUAUGGCUGACCACGCGUUGCAUGGUAGUAACGGCAUAUCUCUUCCGGUUCGUACCAGAGAAGAGGGGGAUGAUGAAACUGUCCAAGGGCAGGCCACCAGUGGCUUAAUCGACCCAGAACUCGAUCCAGAUUCCCUCGAGAGCCACGAAGAACAUCUCCACGAUGGAAUGCUGUUACGAGAUCUCCAAGAACGCACGACGUUUUAUGACCCUGUUGCAGAGCUUCAGAUGACACAGACGGAUGCAAAGCUGUUCUAUCAGCGUAGCAAGAUUGACCCGCGGACUGGGAAUUCUCCAUGGCCACAGUCAACUCCUUUCGGAAGUCCUCUCAUUCUCUCGGGCUCACGCCCAGCUACAGAAUGGGGGGCUGAUUCGUUGGUACUUGAUCUCGAUGACAAGCCAGAAGUCGUAGACACUCCUGCCAGGCCCUAUGAGUCGACAAUCCCCCCCAGUGCCUCACAUCCUCUGAAGCCUAGUCUGAAUACUAGCCAUGGGUUUAACGAGGCAAGGGUCGCCAAUGACCCCACUAUUGGAUUAGCAGGCAAUGGACUCUUUGACACUGAGCCUCAUAUAACGGCUGAGCUCAGUGCCAUUUCAAAGCAGAUUCAGAGAAUACUUGACAUGAGACGCAAGUACAUUUCUGUUUCUAACCAAGGGCCCAAUGACAACCCCAGAGAUAAUGCAGAUUGGGACAUAUACCCUCCCCCUCCCGAUCCAGCAUGGAUUCACAGCCACGGUAAUGGCACUGACGAAGCCGGGAAGCAAGGCGCCGGCUCUUCGACAACUACUACAGAACGAAAGAGGCCUGUCCGAAAAAGAAAGCCUGGCCACGACAUUGGAGAUGAUUUCUUUUUCGAAGACUUGCUUCCCUUGCCAGAAAACGGCGAGAUGACCUUUGAAAUGGACAGCGAAGGAGUUUAUCAAGUGUUUGACUCUACAGUCAGCAAAACUCCUGCUAUUCGUGUGCCUACCAUUCGAGAAUUUUAUAUCGAUUUGGAAGAACUCCUCACCGUUUCAUCUGAUGGUCCAAGUAAAAGCUUUGCGUUUCGUCGACUUCAAUAUCUGGAGGGCAAACACAAUCUAUAUGUCCUCCUUAAUGAAUAUCAGGAGACUGCCGACAGCAAAAAGGUGCCGCAUCGAGAUUUCUACAAUGUUCGAAAGGUGGAUACGCACGUCCACCACUCUGCAUGCAUGAAUCAGAAACAUCUCUUGCGAUUCAUCAAGAGCAAGAUGAAGAAGUACCCGAACGAAGUUGUGCUCUUCAGAGAUGGCAAGCAUCUCACCUUGGCGGAGGUAUUUGCUAGUAUCAAUCUGACAGCGUAUGAUUUGAGCAUAGAUACACUUGAUAUGCAUGCACACACUGAUUCCUUUCACCGUUUCGAUAAAUUCAACCUCAAAUACAACCCCAUCGGCGAGUCGCGCCUGAGGACUAUUUUCCUCAAAACCGAUAAUUUCAUCCACGGGCGCUACCUGGCGGAGAUUACCAAGGAAGUGAUAGCUGACUUAGAAUCCAGCAAGUACCAGAUGGUCGAAUGGCGCAUAUCCAUCUAUGGCAAGUCCAUAGAUGAGUGGGACAGGCUCGCAGCCUGGGUUGUGGACAAUAAGCUCUUUUCCCACAACGUCCGCUGGCUCGUCCAAAUCCCUCGCCUCUACGACAUCUACAAAGCUAGCGGCUUGAUGGAUACGUUUGAGCAGGUUAUAAAGAAUGUGUUCCAACCCCUCUUCGAAGUCACAAAAGAUCCUUCGAGCCAUCCAAAGCUACAUGUAUUUCUACAGCGUGUCAUUGGCUUUGACAGCGUCGAUGACGAAAGCAAAAUCGAACGUCGUCUGUUCAAGAAGUUCCCUGUGCCCCGAGCCUGGGAUACGAAGCAAAAUCCUCCAUACAGCUACUGGAUCUAUUACUUGUAUGCCAACAUGACCUCGUUGAACCACUUCCGACGCAGCCGCGGCUUCAACACGUUCGUUCUACGACCUCAUUGUGGAGAGGCGGGCGAUAGCGAACACUUGGCUGUGGCGGCACUGUGCUGUCAUAGCAUCAGCCAUGGACUGCUUCUUCGCAAAGUUCCUCUGCUCCAGUAUAUCUUUUAUUUGGAGCAGAUUGGAAUCGCCAUGUCGCCGCUGAGUAACAACGCCUUGUUCCUUGCGUAUGAACGAAACCCAUUCCACCAGUAUUUCAGACGCGGCUUGAACGUCUCUCUAUCCACAGACGACCCGUUGCAAUUUGCUUUUACCAAGGAACCCUUGAUCGAAGAGUAUGCUGUGGCUGCACAGAUAUACAAGCUGAGUCCAGUGGACAUGUGCGAGCUGGCAAAGAAUUCGGUCAAACAGAGUGGCUAUGAGAAAGCCAUCAAGAAACAGUGGCUGGGUCAAGAUUUUGAGAAGCCUGGGAAGGACGGGAACAAGAUGGUGAAGACAAAUGUCCCAGAUCGCAGAGAAGAAUUCCGAUACCAUACACUCCUCCAAGAGAGAGACAUCCUGAGAAAAUAUCUUGAUUACGGCUCUGGCGAUGACCUUGUGGCAAACGGGGUGCCAGGAAGCGCCCAAGCAGCAGAACCUCUGGAGAGCAAGACCCAGCCUUUCCCGGCUACUACGGCAGCUGAAUCCAAGGAUGUAGAGGCCGAGGGACAUGUGUCCUUUGUCGACGCUCACACGGGAGAGCCUCAUUUGCCUUCCAGCGCCAAGACGGAUAAUCACUUGUCUGGAAGCGACCCGAUGAUGUUCCCGGGAAUCCUCGCCCGAGAGCAUCGAAACAAUAGUUCGAGAAACUUGGCCCAGAAUGACGACAGAUCAAAGUAG